AAACAAGAACACAAGAUACAGUCAUCACUGUCUCAAAUUUCUAACGAAGAUCAAAACAGAAGCCAUGGUUUCGUUGCUUACAAUGCCGACGAGCGGUGCUAUAAAAUGGCCUCAAGCCCAAAUUGAUUUAUGCUUGAGGCCCAUCAAAAGACAGCCGAAAAUUAAAUGCACGGUGCCGAUCGACGUAACAGAGCAACCCUUUAAACGUUCUUCAUUUACACCUACAACCACUGCGACGCCGCCGCAUCAUAAUUCCCUCCGACUAAACAUUUUCCAGAAAGUGGCGGCGAUUGCUAUUGACGCAGCUGAGCGCGCGUUGAUCUCCCACGAGAAAGAUACUCCUCUUUCCAAAACCGCCGAUCCGAGUGUUCAAAUCGCCGGGAAUUAUUUUCCGGUGCCGGAAUGUCCCGUCCGACAAUUUCUUACCGUCGAAGGAACAAUCCCAGACAGCAUUGACGGAGUAUAUGUCCGUAACGGCGCAAAUCCAAUGUUCGAGCCAAUCGCUGGGCAUCAUUUAUUCGACGGAGACGGGAUGGUUCACGCCGUUAAAAUAACCAACGGUUCAGCAAGUUACGCAUGUCGGUUUACUAAAACCGAGAGAUUGAUUCAAGAAAAACGAUUGGGUCGACCGGUUUUCCCGAAAGCAAUCGGCGAGCUUCACGGCCACUCGGGGAUCGCACGUCUGAUGCUUUUUUACGCACGUGGGAUAUGCGGUCUGGUCAACAAUCAAAACGGCGUCGGAGUAGCGAACGCCGGUUUGGUUUACUUCAAUAACCGGCUAUUAGCAAUGUCAGAAGACGAUUUACCGUAUCAAUUAAAAAUAACUCAAACUGGCGAUCUCCAAACCGUUGGUCGUUACGAUUUCGACGGUCAGUUAAAAUCCACGAUGAUCGCCCACCCGAAGCUCGACCCGGUUACGAAGGAGCUCCACGCGCUAAGCUACGACGUCGUGAGAAAGCCUUACUUGAAGUACUUCAGAUUCUCGCCGGACGGCGUUAAAUCACCGGAAGUAGAGAUCCCGCUCGAGACUCCGACGAUGAUUCACGAUUUCGCUAUAACGGAGAACUUCGUGGUGAUCCCGGAUCAGCAAGUCGUGUUCAAGCUAGGGGAGAUGAUGGCCGGGAACUCGCCGGUGGUUUUCGACGGCGAGAAGGUUUCGCGAUUGGGGAUAAUGCCGAAAGACGCGACGGAGGCUUCCGAGAUAAUCUGGGUGGACUCGCCGGAGACGUUCUGUUUCCAUCUCUGGAACGCGUGGGAAUCGCCGGAGACUGAGGAAGUGGUGGUGAUCGGGUCGUGUAUGUCGCCGGCGGAUUCUAUCUUCAACGAGAGGGACGAGGGCUUGAGAAGCGUCUUGAUAGAGAUCAAGAUAAACCUCAGGACGCGUGAAUCCACGCGACGCGCGUUGUUGGAUGACGAGGUGAAUUUAGAGAUCGGUAUGGUUAACCGGAACCGGUUAGGUAGGAAAACCCGGUUCGUGUUUCUGGCUAUCGCUGAUCCUUGGCCAAAAGUCUCCGGUUUCGCUAAGGUUGAUCUUGUCACCGGCGAAAUUGAAAAGUAUGUUUACGGCAGUGAGAAAUACGGCGGCGAACCGUUUUUCUUGCCCAGUGGCGCCGUUGACGGCGGAGAAAAUGAAGAUGACGGUUAUAUAUUCUGUUACGUUCACGACGAAGUGAGAGAGACGUCGGUACUUCAAAUUAUUAACGCCGUUAAUUUAAAGCUUGAAGCUACGAUCAAUCUACCGUCUAGAGUACCGUACGGUUUUCAUGGUACAUUUGUGGAUUCAAGUGAACUCGUGGACCAAGUAUAAUAAUUAUUUAUUGAAAUUUGUAGGUUUUUUUUUGUCAACGUAAUUUGUAGGUUUUAAUAUCGAUUAUCUCUA